AUACUUAAAUGACUUUGCUGUGCCUUUAUCUUCUUUAAUUUGGUUUCGGUGGAUUUUAUUGAGAUCAAAAUCGCAGAUUUUUGUCUUUCGUUUGUCUGUAAAGGCAAUUUAUAAUGGUCAUCACUUAUUCUACACAUUUUCUUCAUCGUGAAACAGUGAACAUGGAUGUAUAUAUGCAAACAAUCAUUUUUGAUAAUAAAACAGUUUAUGUUUAUUAAAUACCAGUGAACCAAUGGUACAAGGUUACUUAGUGCUGAAUAUAUUGAAGGAAAACUGCUGUACUUAAUGUAGUGUAAAUUGCAUAAUUUUGACUAAAAUCUGACCUAACAUGUUUGUUGAUUAUAAGACAUGUAUACAUUGUUAACAGUCGUUUACUGUGUCGCUUUAUGGACCUUAGUCACGGGUGACUAUGAUUGCAUUUGUAACUACAACGUCGAGGAACCAAUCAACUCCAGCCCAGCCGACGGUCAACCGAUUGGCUACAUGUAUGAGUUUGAUUGUAAACCGCUUAUCUCAAUCGGAAAGCCUCCUGGGUGGGGCCUCGUUGCAUUUGAACACAAGACAGGAUAUCUGGCCCUCGAUGCCAACAUAGAAGUACAAAUGUGUCCAGGCAGUCCUCCAGAUGGAGACGUAGUAUAUACAACAAAACCAACAACAAAAAUAGCAAUAACAUCACCACCAACAACUAGUACAACAAAAACAACAACAUUUACAAAUCAAAUCGACGUUGAAACCACUGUUUCAAGUGUUCACAACACCGAUUUUAGCAUACUGAUGUCCAUUUUAACAAACACACAAUCAUUCACAGCCACGCAAGUUACCACAAAUAAAACCACUAGAAACACUAACAAAACUUACAAUUACACCACAAAAGUUCCAACACAUGUACACACUGAAAUAAUUAACAAUUCAGCUAAUCCACUGAUUGGGAAUACUUCAGUGUUUACGCAAACAAACAAUUUCACCGUUUUUACAGAAACAAAAGCUGUAACAACGUCGCAAAGCAUUUCAUUGAAGCCUGAACCAAGCAAAACAAUGCAAACAGGUGUAUGGGAAAACAUGACACCAUCUGUAACAAACCAAAGUGCUGCCGUGACCAUCCAGACAGAACAUCCAGUAAAUCAAAGUAGUAUUCCAACACAUAGUACACCACAAACUCCAAUCACGACUUCAUUCAGCUUAAUAUCCAAACCACCAGCUUACCGUGAUAACAUAACUGUACCAGAAUAUAACUCGACACAAGUGUUAUCAACACUAGGAGAAGUCACCACACAAAAUUUGUAUUACUCAUCAGUGAACACUAGUUUCGCAGAGGCCACAACAGCAGUGUCGGCAACAAAAAGAGAAAUCACCACACCCAACUUACUGAAUACUUCAGUAUCAGAAAGUUUAACAGAUACUUCGAGGUUCACAAUAACAUCUACAAAACCGCCAGACAUCAUAACUUCUCCGAUCAUCAGCACGACAACAGAUAGAAUUGAUCUUUGCCCAUACAAGUUUCUAUCCGAGGUACACGAAAAUAUUCAUAACAAAGUUUUUGGGCAGUACAUGAGAUAUUGCUAUGAACUGCGGCUAAAGACCGGAACUUGGCUCGAUGCGUCAAAGGAUUGUUCGGAGCGGAGAGGAAUGUUGGUGGUUAUAACAGAUCCGCACGUGCAGUCACUCGUCCAUGGCCUUGUUAAUGACCUUCAGCCGCCCGCUGAUAUCUGGCUUGGUCUUUCCGAUAGAGACGAAGAAGGUGUAUGGCGAUGGGUGGAUGGUCAGCCGACAAGUUACACUAACUGGACACUCGUAGAUCCCGUAUAUAACGACAUUAAAGACUGUGCCAUUAUGAGCCACGACUCCGGUAGUUGGAUGCAGGCGGAGUGUAGUUUCUACAUGCUACAUACGGAACGUCUUCCAUGGGUCUGCCAGUACGGUGCGUAG